GUGGCUACUGCUGUUGACAACUUGCUUCUCGCGGGCUUUGUUUUGACAUGGCGGCAAGGUUCAAAGUUGUGUCUUUUUGAGAGUUUUUAACGCUUUAAAGGCUUCAUUUGACUCAAUUUCUUCACGCUUGUUACUAUAAGCAUUUAACAACGAAUGGAAAUGAAGCGCCAUUUAUUUCAGGGUAUACUCGUUUAAAGACACACAAACUCGUAUUAAUAUAGCUACUUCAGACCAGUAAGUGUUUCCAGGAAUACUUUCCCUCCAUUUGUAUGCUAUAGACAAACACCUCAACCUGUCACUAUAAAGUCCCGGUUUAGCAAAGACCGCCAAAAUGUCAUCUCCGGCCGCCGGACUUACAUACUCCAAGGUGGACUUUUUGUCCCGCUGGAUGCCUAGCAGCACUAGGGCCGGUGUGAUCCUCAACCCGGGAGCGGACCUGGCGGAGACCCUGCGGUACUCGUCCACCACGGGACAUCCGUCCCUGGAGCCAGAUGAAGGCGACUCCUGCGCCUCAGACUUCGGCCCCCUGCCGGCUUCGGCGGACAGCAGCUGCAUCGGCGUGCAUGACCUGUCCACGGCACCUGGAGGAGACAGGCCUGGGAGUGACAGUCGCAGGAUCUCACAUGGAGAGGCGCACAGUUUGGCUGAGAUGUCCAACGACUCCCAGGACGCUACCAUUUUGAUGAAGCUAGGAGAGCUGAGGAGGUGGCAGCAGCACAUGCAGGAGCAGCUUAAAGCCGACCAGCUGGGCGAGCUCCUUCGCCUCCAGGAGGAGCAGCGGAGGCUCCUGGGAAUGAUGAACACAAAGGAGAGUUUACGAGCGGAACAUGAGGCCUCCAGUCCCAGACAGCACCAGUACAGCCCUCCAGUCAAUUCUCGAGUGAACCCCCGGCAGGAAGAGACGCUCACGCGGCUGCAAAGUGGUGUCGAAGUGCAGGACAAGGAGGAGGGCACCAGGGCUGAUGCUACCAAGAAGCACCUUGAUGGCGCUUCAUCAAGACAAAGUGAGGACACGGCUUUUACUCGCAACAACAGCAGAGAAGACGAUUCAGUGCUUGAAGACAGACCAAUAACUGCAGGAAAGCAGACGUUUGAGCAGUUACUGGAGGAGCAGCUGAGGUUGGAGGAGCAGAGGUUGAAAUCUGGCUGGCAACACCAGAAGCCAAAUGGAGGGGACUCUCCCCCCACUAAAAGGGCCUUUCUGAGGCGAGGCCAGGGUCUGUCUAGAUUUGCCAACAACCGCAAACAGGACACAGUGACUGAUUCCAAAGCACCGACCCAGGCCAGCAACUCUGGGCCCGCAUUUAUCCAGAGAGGUGCCAAAAAAGCAUCCCAGAGGCUUCCUGUCCAGCGUAAAACCGCCACCCUCAACAAGGAAAACAGUUCAAGAGGCGCCACUUCGCCUCUCCGGGAUCUGAGAGUUGAGCGUAAGGCAGCGCAGACAAAGGUGUUAGGCUUCCACCAGCGACAAAACACAAACAGAAGCAGUGAUGCUUUAAUUGCUCCACCGGGCAAGCAAGUGCAGCACAUUCAGCUCGCUGUGACAAAGCAGGUGGCCGCCGACCAGACUCCAACAUCGGAAUUGCCGGACGGGCGAGCGGUAGCCGGAGUUCCGCAGGAUUCCUUUGAGCGGUCCUUCGUGGAGAAGCUGCAGCGCUGGGAGUGUGAGCGUCAGCUGGAGCACAUGGAGCUGGGAGAGUUUGAACUCUUGGAGCAAGCGGCCGAGGAGCUGUCCUUCUCCUCCACCUCCUCCUUCGUCACCAAGGUUCUCCAGAUGGAUGAGCAGAACCGGAAGCUGCUCGGUGUGGCCGGGCUGCAUGAGAGACGCUUGUCGUCCACACCCAUCAAAUCCCUGCCCACCAGGGAGCAGCGCCGCAGUCCUGGCAGUCAUCGAGACUGCGGCCGCGGCGCUGUGAAGGAGAACAAAGUGAGGUUUGACGACGGAGAGGACUCCACAUCGACGGCUGGAGCAGAAAUUAAAGAGCCGGAAGGUACCGUCUCGGUGCCCGUUUCUCCCAGCGGCCUUCCAAGCUGCUUCAUCGUCUCGUCUGAGCCAGCAUACGACAGACGCUCCUAUCAGGAUGAGGACAUCAUCUGUCAGCGGUCAGACGGCGCCAGUGAGGAUGACGGCGAGAGCGACGACGUCAUCAGCAGCAUCGACUCCACGCUGACAGAGGACAAAGACGCACCGCCGGGCCAAGUCGCGUUUGACGACGACGACACGUGGAGCGACCUUGACGACACGGCGGUCAGUGAGGCUGACCCGGUUUCCACGGGAGCGGUCAAUCAGGAGCCAGAAGCUCCUCCUUCCGUUCCUCCUCCCCCUUCCAAACUCAUGGUGACACUGUUCCCGUCACUCGAGCCAAAGACCCAGAAUGCGCCUCUACCUCCGUCCCCCCCGCAGGACAAGAAGACAGACAAGGAGGCGGGCCAGUAUGUCCAUUCCACACAGCUGAAGGAGAGGCUGGAGAUGGAGAUCGAGCGCUUCCAGAAGGAGAACGCGGCGCUGGCCAAGCUUAGACAAGAGAACGAGAAGAACCAGGAGAACCUCAGGAGGGAGCGUGAGGCGUUGGAGCAAGAGAGAGCGGAGCAGCUGGCUCACUUUGAGGACUACCAGAAAGAAGAGACCAGGAAGCUGCAGAGGGAACGCAAACUAUUUGAGAAACACGCCGCGGCCGCGCGAGCCAUGCCCGACAAGAAAGAACGGGCGGAGAUACGGGCGCUGAAGGAGCAGCUGAGCUCCCUGCAGGAGGAGCUGAGGAAGAAGGAGAGCCGCUGGUCGUCCACGCACACUCGCCUUCGCCAGCAGAUAGACUCUCUGAGUCAGGAGAACCUCGCCCUGAGGGACCAGGUGCGCACGUCGGAGAUGCUUCGUCUCAGUGCCUUGAAAAAGAACUCUCCAGAAGCAGAGAGGGACACUAAAGAUGUGCCUUCUGUUACCAAAGGAGUCAAAUUUGCUAGUCCUCUGGAUUCCAGAGGGAGCGUCAGUCCUCCACGCUGCAGUACUACAGCGGCCGCUAGAGGGAGCUCCAAGGACAGCAGGCAUCUGACACACGCACCCAAAGCAAUGAAGAGCAGUCUAAGAAAGUCUGCCGAGUCAGGCCCAUCAUCAUCAUCAUCAUCAUCAUCAUCAUCAUCAUCAUCAUCAUCAUCAUCAUCAUCAUCGUCGCAGACACCUGCCAAAACGAAUGUGUCCAACAACCAGACUAUUGUAGAACAUUCACGUAGCUGCUCUCCGCCAGGAGAUGUGACGCCAUGUGAACCAACCGAGGAAGACGACGCUCACGAGGUCAUCACGUAUCCUGAUGGCAAGGUGGAGAAGGUCCUGGCCAGCGGUGAUCGUGUCGUCAUCUUCCCCAACGGGACCAGGAAGGAGCUGUCAUCGGACGGCGUCGCGGUCAAAGUCACUUUUUUCAACGGCGACACCAAGGAGGUCACGGCCGACCACAGAGUGAUCUACUACUACGCAGACGCCCAGACGAUGCACGUCACCUACCCAGACGGCGUGGAGGUGCUGCACUUCCCCAACAACCAGACAGAGAAGCACUUCCCAGACGGCCGCAAGGAGAUCACCUUCGCGGACCAGACGCUGAAGAACAUCUUCCCCGACGGCAGGGAGGAGAGCGUGCUGACGGACGGCACCGUCGUGCACGUGAAACCAGAUGGCACCAAGGAGAUCCAUUUCAACACGGGCCAGAGGGAGGUCCACACGGGCGACUACAAGAGGAGAGAAUAUCCGGACGGCACCGUGAAGACCGUCUACGCCGACGGACGACAGGAGACGCGCUACCCCACGGGACGACUGCGCAUUAAAGACAAAGACGGGAACGUGGUCGCUGACAGACUGUAGCGAGGAAGCACUGUGACUUUUCAGCUUUUUGCUCUAUUUUUGGGGGGUUUAUUUUAUUUCUACAAUGAUAAAUCAGUCACCAACGGCCCCCGGUCUCAGGCACUUUUCAGUACCUUUUUCUACAGUAUUUAUUCAGCUAGGUUCAUACCAACCAGUGUUAGAAGCACUGAUAAAGGACGCAUUUUUCCUUUUUUCCUACUGUGUCAUAAAAUAAAACUAUUUCCAUAAAAUACUAUUUGUUUUCUCAUAUUACCACUUUGUCAUAAAUUAUUCCCAUAAUAUGUGUUUUUAUAUAUCAUAUGUAGUGCUAUUACAACUUUAUUGGCAUAAAUCAGGGAUUUUUCUUUCUCAUUACAACUUUAUUCUCUUAAAAUAAGGACAUUUUUCUCGCAAUACUACAACGGUCAUGUCAUUUUUCCUUGAAAUAUUACAACUCAUAAAAUAAGUAAUUUGCCGUCAUAUCACAACUAUCAUAAAUGAAUUUUCUUUUUCUCGUAUUACUAGAGUCUUGUGAAAUGGCAUUUUUCUCGCAGUCAUGAUUUUUUCCCCCCUCAUCUUAGCCCAAAGUCAGCUGGGAUAGGCUCCAGCAAUGGAUAUCCUAAUAACUUUAAUGUCAUUGCAACUUCAUUGUCUUCUGUUUUUCUCCAAAUAUUACAAGUUUAUUCUCAUCAAAUUAGGAAUUUGUUACAAUGUAAAAACUUCAAUCUUUGUAGUUGUAUGACUUAGAUUCUCUGGAGUGGCUUAAUAGUUGUUGGUAUCAUGUGGGGCAUCUGGUCUUCUUCAUAUUUUGUGUCAAACGCACUGACCUCCUUGCUGCAGCCUUUGCUCAAGCCAUCCAAGUCACAACCAAACUGACCCGAGUGGCGCAGCCUUUAAAAUAUCAGGAAAAAACGGACCACUAGUGUACAGUAUUAAAAAAAAAUAUUUGAAGUUUGUGCCAAUGAAGUCUGGUCAACUAGUGAAUGAAAUGUUUUGGUAUUUUUCAUGGUCCGUGACUGUUCUAUUUUGUAAAAAUGUUGAAGCUAUUUAUUUUCUAAGCUGAGUAUUUGUC